AUGAUUUUCCACAAGCCUUCCCCUCCAAUUGAAGUAUCCGUCUCGAAAUUGGACCCAGAUACAUAUCAGAUGGGCUCAAAGCUCCUAUGCAAAAAGGCCACAAACGGGAUUCCGAAAACUGCAGUUGCCACAUGGAGAGACGACGAUGUGCAGUACUAUCUUGUCGAAGCUACCAGUGCUAACUCACUAGAGAAGGCAGCUGAUGGCCUCAUUUACCAGGCUGGCAUGUCAUCCGCCGUCUGGGCGAUUGGGACACAUGCGAUUUGUAAGGUCAAGACAUGGUCUGAUGGAAUGGAAAGAGAAAUCAAUACUCUUUCUUUUGUUGCGUCGCGGUUCCCACAUAUUCCAAUACCUGAGGUUAUAUUCGUGGGUCGACGAGCGACUCAGCAGGACCUUCCUGAUUUUGCGACGGAGAAAAAAGCUGAUGUCGCUAUCACUGUUGCACAAUACUGCCGCGACCUUGCUGAAGCAACCUCGGAGAAGCUACAGUCUGCAACAGGCUGCGGAGUCCUCGAACCUUUUUUAACCGUGGAGCCAGAGGACUCACACCCGUCGUGGAAACCCCAGCCGUUGGGACCAUUCUCUCUCACCGAAGCUGAGAAGUAUUUCCUCAGAAUAUCCACUAUGCCGCUACCACCUAUAGGAUAUAGGUUUCACUUCUAUCAUGCCGGCCUGGGCCCAACCAACAUUCUACUCUCAGACGACGGUACUAUCGAGGCUAUCUUAGACUGGGAAUCAGCUGGGUACUAUCCGAAGUAUUGGAUCCCUCUUAAGCCGUAUCGGAGUGGUGGAUUUAAUCUUGACGCGCCGGACGAUUCCCGUUACGAUUGGACCGAUCUUCUCGAAUCAAAGCUGUCCAACGUGGGAUUCAAGCUUGACCGCAAUCAUGUAGAGUGGCAGAAGUCUUUGGUUUUUACUUUCUUUGAUUUGGACGAGCUUCGUGAUACUCCUUUGUGA